CUUCCAAGGUCCCCCUUUGUUGUCAUCUGACUUAAGCUGUCACUCAAAAAACCUCAAGUCCAUGUUUGCCAGUCUCAUUUUCAUGCAACUUUCAAAUCAUCGGUGAGGCGGCCACAAUUACAUCAUUUCGUGAACUAGAGGGCCAUUAAACCUUCGUUACCAUAUCUUCUGCUCAAUCAAACAUCGACGCCGUACCCAUGUCUCCCGGACCACAGCCGAGUGAAACGGCAAGAGACCGUGUUUCGCGGUCUACUUCUCCCGAUGAGGAACUUCAGAUCCGCCGAGAACGUAACCGCGAAGCGCAAAAGGUUUUCCGCAAGCGCAAGCAGGCGGCAGAAGAGAUCCAGGCACACCGCCUGCAGCACCUGGAAACCACGGUCGCCAAGAUGAGCUCCGCUGUGGUUGAGUUGGUCGACUGGAUGCUGGACAUUGAAGCGCUUAAGCAGGAAAUUGGGGUCUUGACGCGCAUCCAAGAGAUGGUGGCGCAUGUGUUGGCACUUGCAGACGAUGCUGUGGCGUUGGAGGAUGAGCUUCCAAAGAGGAGGAAGAGGAAGCUCAGAGAAACGAAACUUACAUCGAUACCUAGUCCCUCUCUGGAAAGCGAUACUGCUCCGGGUAUGCAAGAUAAGGAUGCCGGUGCUGAAGACGACACAUCCCACGUGGCGUCGUGUCCGCAGGCAAAUACUCCAGCACUAGAGUCCCCAACCCUCACACCAGACGCCCAAAUCCUCUCCCACCUAACAUCCCUAGCCUGCCGCCCAGCCUCACUACCCCCAACCCUCGGAACCUUCCAUUGCGGCUCAAUGACCUCCCUCAGCCCAGACUCAUUCAGUUUCCGCCUCACACACACGUGCUUCACCAUAGGCUACCUCGUCCUCAGCAAGUCCCUCGAAUCACCCCUCCCCCACGGAGAAGAACCUCGCAUCUUCAGCUCAACACUCAAAUACCGUGAACGGGACGAUUUGAUUACCAAAAUGAGGUGGCUCGUCGGACCAGGGCAGCACGAACUCCAGCAAGCUGCUGAGCUCCCCAUGGGUGGACGGUGGUACGGCGACGAAUUCAGUUCCGAGGACCUGUCGCCGGAGAACUUUGACCUUUUUGAGAAGACAGCGCUGGCAGAUGCUCGACAGACGCGGUUUCUUAGUGUUGCUGGUGUUGAGAGGCAGCUUAUUACUUUGGGUGCUCGUGUUGUGGAUAAGGAGACGUUGGAGCUGACGUUGAGUGGGCCGUUAAAGCUAGCAUCGGGUAAGAAACGGUCUUUGUCGUUGGAGAGCUGGAGUUUUGUGGAUUGUUUCCCGCCAAGAUUACAGAGGCGGUCAAAGCAGGCGUUUACGGUGCAGUUGAAUAUCACGCUGCUGAUUGCGAACUUGUCGAGAUGUGCGGUGUGUCUUAUGAAAGGACCGGGUUUUCCGAGGGACAAGCUGAAGAGAGCGAUCGAGGAUUCUGUGGUCAUGGUCAACAAUGGUUGACUUAGAAUUCUGUCAUACUAGUUAGUUAGUUGUCUCUGGCCUUUCGCGUAGUUGGCGCGGAAAUCCUGCACUGGGAGGCGCGUUGGAAAACAGACCGGAUUGUAACUCAAAGACACCUUCAGCUCUUGUGUGGUUGAUCGGUUGGAGUCGUCACUGGCAGCAUGAGAGCAAACGUCUCGUGAAUCCCAAAGUCUUAUUUCUGGC